UGGGAGAAGAACAUGAGAAAGAAAGAGGGAAGGAAUGCAAUGGGAAGGAAAAUAAACUGGGGAAGCGAACCAUAGGUGGACGACCUCGGCAAAGAGAGUGUAGCACCAUUAUUGCAUUCGUUCCCACUACAAAAAAUGCGCUGCAAAGGUGAACAUGGAGUAUGGUCUUGAUCCAACUAUUGGGAAAGCAGUAAUGCAAGCCGCCCAAGAAGUCGCCGAGGGGAAGCUCAACGAACACUUUCCGCUUGUUAUCUGGCAGACUGGCAGUGGAACCCAAAGCAACAUGAAUGCCAAUGAUGUCAUUGCGAACAGGGCCGCUGAGAUACUUGGCCAUCAGCGCGGCGAAAAAUUUGUGCACCCGAAUUACCAUGUUAAUAGAUCACAAUCUUCUAAUGACACUUUCCCAACCGUCAUGCACAUUGCAUCUGCAAUGGAAAUUAACUCAAGACUGAUACCAAAUUUGCAAACUUUGCAUGCUGCCCUACAUUCGAAGUCUGAAGAAUUCAAAGAUAUUGUUAAAAUUGGACGCACUCACACACAAGAUGCGACACCUUUAACUCUGAGUUCAGCUGCUAUUCAACACAAGUGAAAUAUGGAAUUGAACGAGUUUUGCUUACUCUACCUGGGAUGUAUCAGCUUGCACAGGGUGGUACUGCUGUUGGGACUGGAUUGAACACAAAGAGGGGGUAUGAAUAGCUUUUAGCGUUGAAGAAUAUUUGUGUGUUCUUUUUCCAUGUUUUUAUCUCUCUACGUUUGCCUGCCUUGGUAUUCUGAUGUACUUUCAAUUGGGGGAAUCGUGGUUUCAUUUCAACUCUUAUUAAUUCUUUUUCCUGCUCUGAUAUUUCAAGAUUUGUUUUAGUACUUCAUACACCCCAAUUAGUAUUGUGUAUAGACUAGAGAGGCAUGCUUUGUACCUUAUUUUAAUAUGGUAGUUUAAUUUAAUUAACCAUAUUAAUUCAAUUAGGUCUGCCAUCGCACCCGUAAUACCCACAUCAAAUUUUGCAAUAACAUUCCACCCCAAAUAUGGUGAUCAACUUCGUACCCAGAUACAACAGUAGAUUGAGUCACAAUCGCACCCGUAAAUGAAAUUUCCAACUUCACCUACCAUAAACCUCUGAAAACUAAUGUUUGGUUGUUGGCAAUCCAACAUUAAAGAAUCUGUUUUCUUUUACUGCAAGACCAAUAAGUGCUUCAGCUUCAAAACCCUGUGCUGGCCUGCGAUAUCAUUUCCAAAAGAUUAUCAUUUCCAAAAGAUUGAUCAUUCCCGAAAGCUACCUACUUUUUCCAAGAUUUUGAAGCUGAAAUUCACUAACGCUGUAAAACUAGUCUACACUUUUCUGCUGGGUUUAAACACAUCAACGAGCUAUUGAUUUCCCUUUCCUUGAGAUUGGACCUCUACCUUGAUCAAGAAAAAGUCUUUGGCGAGUUCGGAAUACCCAAAUCCGUAGUUGUAGCUGUCAACCUCGUAUUAGGAGUUGUCAUGUAGCUUCUGUUGAGAGGGUUCCACAUAAUUAUAAAAUGGUCAUUGGCCAAGCAGACAACUCCUCUACAAGAACCCAGCGCCACUGGCAAAUGAUGAAAACGUCAAGAAAGUUUGACCAAACGAAGAGCCAUCUCCUGCACAAAGUAAAUUCUUGCAUAACCUUUCAAAUGGUCCAGGUAGGUAGAUGAGGUCCUUGGAGCCCUAAAGUUUCGCAAGAUGUUGGACUCUAUGAAUUUGUCAGAAAGAAUGAUGUCGCCAUAUUAUACGGACAUUGUUCUAAAUCUGGCAAGAUCCGUCGUUGAAAGUAGCUGCAAAAUCUGAAGGGCUAUGUUAGUGGGGAUCGAUAGGCGCAAAUUCUGAAGGGUUGUCCCAAUGGGUGCUCCAGCACGAGUUCUCGUCAUAUUUCUCAAGGGUAUUUGUUGUAAUUUCUCUAAAGAUCAAAUCUUUGUCUAAAGAUGGCAGACGAGGAUGAAAGAGAAAGAGAGUGGGAGGUUAUAAUUUGGUUCAAGAUGAAGGUCUAAUGCCAAUGGGUAAGUGAGAUGAGAGAGAAAGAGAGGGAGACAUAUGUUGUAAUUUGCAAAAGUAAGGUCAUCUCUAACUGAAGGAGUGCCAGGUAGGUAGAUGAGGUCCUUAGAGCCCUAAAGUCGCAAGAUGUUGGAUUUUAUGAAUUUUUCAAAAAGAAUGAUGUCGCCAUAUUCUACGGACAUUGUUUUGAAUCUGGCAAGAUUCGUCGCUGAGAGCGGCUGCAAAAUCUGAAGGGCUAUGUUUCUUACAGGUUAUAGGGCUAAACAUGGCAUUUUGGCCCUUCUUCGUUUAGAGAUGGCCUUACUUUUGCAAAUUACAACCUCUCUCUCCCUCUCUUUCUCUCUCAUCUCACUUACUCAUUGACAUUAGACCUUCAUCUUGAACCAAAUUACAACAUCUCCCUCUCUUUCUCUCCCAUCCCCGUUUGCCAUCUUUAGACAAAGAUUUGAUCUUUAGAGAAAUUAUGACAAAUACCCUUGAGAAAUAUGACGAGAACUCAUGCUGGAGCACCCACUGGACAACCCUUCAGGCACCUACCGAUCCCCACUAACAUAGCCUUUCAGAUUUUGCAGCUGCUCUCGGCGACGGAUCUUGUGAGAUUCAGAACAAUGUCCGUAGAAUAUGGCGACAUCAUUCUUUUUGACAAAUUCAUAAAGUCCAACAUCUUACGACUUCAAGGCUCCAAGGACCUCAUCUACCUACUUGGACCAUUCAAAAGGUUAUGCAAGAAUUUACUUUAUGCAGGACAUGGCUCUUCGUUUGGUCGAACUUUCUUGGCGUUUUCAUCCUUCGCCAGUGGCACUGGGUUCUUGUAGAGGAGUUGUCUGCUUAGCCAAUGACCACUUUAUAAUUCUAUGGAACCCUCUCAACAGGAGAAGCUACAUGACAGCUCCUAAUACGAGGUUAACGACUACAACUACGUAUUUGGGUAUUCCGAACUCACCAAUGACUUUUUUUUUAUCAAGGUAGAGGUCCAAUCUCAAGGAAAGGGAAAUCAACAGCUCGUUGAUGUGUUUGAACCCAGAAGAAAAGUGUGGACUAGUUUUGCAGCGUCAGUGAAUUUCAGCUUCAAAAUCUUGGAAAAAGUAGGUAGCUUUUGGGAAUGAUCAAUCUUUUGGAAAGGAUAUCGCAGGCCAGCAUAGGGUUUUGAAGCUAGAGCACUUAUUGGUAGGGUUUUGAAGCUAGAGCACUUAUUGGUCUUGCAGUAAAAAAAAAACAGAUUCUUUGAUGUUGGAUUGCCAACAACCAAAAUUAGUAUUCAGAGGUUUAUGGUAGAUGAAGUCGGAAAUUUCAUUUACAGGUCGAUGGUGACUCAAUCUACUACUGUAUAUGGGUACUGCAGGAAGUUGAUCACUAUAUUUGGGGUGGAAUGUUAUUGCAAAAUUUGAUGUGGAUAUUACUAUUGGAAUGCCAUCAACAAUGCACAAACCUCUAUGUCUGACCAAUGGGUCAUCUUGUCUUGUCUUCAUCUGUGGUGAUAUAAUAGAGCUGUGCAUUCCUCAAGUAAAGAUGUAUGUUGUCAUGAAGAUUGAAAAGGCUUUCAAUUUCUAUGACCGCAUCUCCUUGCAAGCAACUAUGGCUUCAAUGCCAGGUUUAGCGCCAAAAAGGGUGGGCAGAACACAAAGGGUAAGUAGAAAUUGAAGACAAAGGAGAGGGAGAGAAUAAGAGAAGACAUGACAGGGGCAGGGACAGAGAAAUGAAGAUGAGGAGGGAGAGACGGGACAAAGAUAGAUCAGAGAGGGGACACCAUGAAAUGCAGAGAAUGGACAGAGACAGAGAGAGCAAGGAUAUUAAAAGAAAAGAGAGAGACGGACACAUCAAGGACAAUAACAAAAAGCAAAGAAAUGAGAAGGACAAAGAAAGAAGGCACAGAUGAGUUACUAUAAAAAUAUUGUGUUGCUUUAUAGUUUGACUUGAACUACUAGCUACUAUAGUGAACAGAAAAUUUUUAUAGAGCAGCCUGGGGCAGUGGGGAAGUUUUUAGGAUGAACAGGGAUGCCAUAAUUGUUGUUUUAUGCUUUUAUUUUUUUGGAAGCAGUUUUAUGCUUUUAUAGAAUAUAGAUUGCACUAGAGCCUUGCUUCAAGUGCCACUUUGUGGUACCAUUGAUCUUAUUGAUAUCCAGAUUUCAUCCCGGAGAAUGAGAAACACCUCAAGAUUAAUUUUUAAUAUUUUUUAUUUUCUCCAA